AUGACAAACUACCUCACUCUCUCCGACAUUCCGCGGAGGGAAAAGGAGAUGAUCAUGCUUUUGCUUGCCGCUGCAGAAGACGAUGCGUGGCGUAUUGUCAAUGACGCCCAGCACCGUUUUUGUAUUGAAUGGCGGGUAAGCUCCAGACAUCCUACAUUAUCUUUUUUGUCGCUGGGUCAUCUCCGAUCGUCGCAGAAAGUCUCAAGGUCCUCGUUGCAGGGUGUCAAUGCUACACGCAAUCGUCAAUUGGAUGGUCCCUCACCGGUGCUGCGCUCGGUCUCACGUGCACGGGGACGGCAUUCGAUACACAGGGAGCCCUUCCAACGCACUGGCAGGGGAACUGAGGAUCUUAGUCCACUAACUAUUGACUGGAACAAUGACAGCAGUAGUGCCAUGGACCCCAUUUCCAGUCCCAGCAUUUCUUAUUCGUUUGGCAAUACCCUCUCACCCAAGGCCAAACAACAGGGGCGAAGGCGAGUUGCUGCUCUAAAUGGUAGUUCAGCAAAAACUCCCCGUAGCAGCAGUCAGGGUUCGCUGGGAGGCACAUCUUUUUUGAAUACACGUUCAACGUUUCUUCACCGUCAUUUUACUCCACAACGGUCGAUCUCCAACCCGCGCGCGGCUUUAUCGGAGCAAAACGGCGUUCUUAGAAGCAUUAGCAGAAGGAAAGGGUUAUCUAAUGCAGUAUCGGGCCUAAAUGGAUCUACCAGUCAGGACCCUGCGCCCAUACGUUCUGCUCAAUGGGUCUCGCGUCUGGUGGAGGACAUCAUGGGUUAUGUGGCCAAAAUGAAUGCGAUUGACCAUCAUCAAGUAAGUUCUGUCGCCGCCCUGACCGUGAAUGUUUUGAAGGCUUGUUAUGGUGCGCUUCAAUGGAACCGAGUAUUGAAGGAACUUGCGCAAGGCCUUCAUAGAUAUCGUAGUGUUAGUUCACUUUGUCGUGUUUUUCGGGAGUUUUUUGUGGAUGAGUCAAGUUCUGCCUUGGAAGAUUUUUUUGUUUUUUCACGUCUGCAUCGGGUCGUCACGAAGCACGGGAUCGUGGAGACACAGAAGGUUUCACUUCCACUGGAAGAGGCACAAAGCAAUGCUGCCUACCCUCUUUUUCGGGAGACUAUUGUGUUGCGUCGCUAUGUUGAGCUUCGUCUAUUGGCAUCGGUUCUCAAUGACAUGCUGGCAGCCGUGACGCUCGCUGAUCAGAAGGGAACAGGCACCGUCCCUGUUGUGCGUCGAAGAAAACUAACUCCGGCAGAAGUGAUUGGUGUGAAGAGAAUCGUCGCCCAUUGGGUUGAAGAGGAAUCAUCCGGGGAGGAAUCGUUGGCGUUUGACCUUGGAGGUUUUGUCGACCUCCACGAAGUUUUGACCAUUGUUGUUUUGGCCUUGAGUUCAGCGCGGCGUCGCAAUCCUGUCAAGAGCCCCAUUGCUCCGAGGAUGAGUCGAUUCGAUGUUGACGACGCUGAAUUCCAAGACAAUGUGGUGGCUUCGAAAGAACGGUCCUUGAAGGAGAAUAUCCAGCCUGCUUCAUACGCAGAGCGAGCUCGUUUAAUUAUGCGGAUGGAUCCGUCUGAAGCAGAGAGCAUGGUGGAUUUGGGUAAAAAUGUGGAUUUUGGACCCCUGUCACCACCACCAGCAGAAAUGUCCAAGCCCUUACAGCCUUCUCCGAAGGGUUCCAACGGUUCAGCGAUGCGGAAAGAACCCGUGCGUAUACCAGACACGGUGUACCAUGGAUCCGAUGGGAAGCUCAAGAAGGUGAAUCAACAUGUGUCAGACCUGCCCAAUAAAGCGGCCUUAGCAAAGGAACUUUAUCAUGGCUUUUUAGAGGGGAGGACAUGCGGGGAAGAAAGUUUGAUUGGAGAUUCUCCAUACCUGCAUUACGCUUCGGUUACACCACCACCUCCUCCGUCUGUUCCCUGUCUUUCACCGAAACAUUUGCCGGGAGACCCUCUUGUUAUUGAUUUGGACCACGUUCAUCUCCCAUCAACGAGCAUUCAGCUUUUACCCCAGUCGACAAUGGCCGAGGAAACAGGGAAGCGUCGUGCAGACUCCCACGAGACGGAUAGUAAGAUACAGCCACAGCAGUACUUUGCUGCUCUGGCUGCCAUAGACGCUGAACUGCAGAGGCGCCGGGAGUUCCUCAAUUCCACCGUUGCAUUUGGCCUCACCACACGCGACACACCGUUUGACUCCGAUUUGCCGCUGCAGUCUUUUACAACCGACUUGCCGCUUCAGGAAGGUGAAGCAGCGACGAAGACCCCUGGACCUGAAAUUACUUCCAAUAAUCUGGAAAAUGCUACGCAAGAGUCUUCAUGGUACGCUGAGAAGACUCAUCUUGAAGAGGAAUUGGGGUCAACUCAACCACCGGCACACGCUAGUACAUUCAGUAACGUCAUUUCACCCUCAUUUACCGUCCAAAAUGGACCCACAUCCAUAAUGUUGCCGUCCAAGCACCGGGCCCCGGAGAAGCCUCAGGAGUGGUCGGAAAAAGAAGAUGGCCGAGCCACCAAAACUGAUUUUGAAAUGUUGACUCUGGAGGAGAAAAAUUUGUUGGCGGAUCUCCAACGAGCAUUGAGUCAACAAAAAUAA